AUGGAGUCAAACAAACUGGACUUGCCUGACAAGCAAUUGGAUGAAGACACUCAGCACGUUGAGGAUGCCACCCACAAAGAUGUCACCUUCGUUUCCACGCUGGAUUCUAUUGAAUCGACAAAAACUGACUACUACAUCUGGUUGGUCGCAAUCACUGUUGGAGUGGGUGGCUUCUUGUUCGGUUAUGACACGGGUAUCAUAUCCGCAGUCCUGGUGGUACUAGACAAUGAUCUAGGGCACGUUCUCGUCUCAAGUGAGAAGGAAUUGAUCACUUCCAUCACCUCUGGUGGAGCUUUCCUGGGAGCACUGGCGGCAGGCUUUUCUGCUGAUAAAUUUGGGAGAAAGCUUGCAAUAGACAUGGGAUGUGUUGUAUUUGUUAUUGGAGCUGUCAUCCAAGCCUGUUCCUACAGCAUAGCUCAGAUGACCGUUGGACGCUUUGUCAUUGGAGUUGGAGUUGGAUCUGCUGCAAUGAUUAUACCGCUAUACAUCGCGGAAGUCUCACCGGCCAAGUAUCGAGGCCGUAUGAUCGGCCUUGACAACAUGUCCAUCACAGGCGGGCAAUUGGUGGCAUAUGGGCUGGGAGCAGGGCUCGCUGAUGUCUCCCAUGGCUGGCGAUACAUGGUUGGACUGGGAGCCGUUCCUGCCAUCAUUCUGGCCAUUUGUCUUCGCUUUUGCCCUGAGUCGCCACGGCAGCUGAUAUAUCAUGGAAAAUCAGAAGAAGCAGCCCGAGUACUGGCGAAGAUUUUUCCAAAUGCGACCGAAAACCAAGUCCAAGAAAAAGUUCAGCACCUGACUAUUCAUAUUGAAGAGGCUCUGGCCAUGACUGACCGAGGUGGUAUCUGGCGUCAAUUGAAAACGUUGUAUACCGUCUCCAGCAACUUUAGAGCGCUAAUUGUAGCCUGUGGAUUGAUGGGGAUGCAGCAGUUCACCGGUUAUAACACUUUGAUGUACUAUUCUAGUACCCUCUUCGGACUUGUCGGAUUCUCAAAUCCGAUUGCCGUGGGAACAAUUAUCGCUGGGACUGGCUUUGGUUGUACAUUGGUAUAUUUCCUGAUCAUAGAUCGAUUUGGGAGACGGUUUAUCCUUCUGGCCACCAUGUGGGGCAUGUCAUUGUUCCUCGCGCUUGCUGCGGUUGGUUUCCACUGGAUCCCGGUCAAGGAUGAUCUUACCCUUGAAAAGAACGUCGUGGGAUGGCCCGGAUAUUUGGUUUUGGCUGCCAUGAUUAUAUUUGUGGUAUUUUAUUCCUUGGGAAUCGGCAAUUUGGCCUGGUUUUCAAGCGAAAUUUUCCCAAUUGAAAUACGUGCGCUGGGAACGAUGAUGAUGACAUGCACUUGUUGGGGCGGCAAUAUCGUGGUAGCUUCCACAUUUCUGACUCAGAUGGAGAACACCACACCGUCUGGAGCUUUUGGGUUUUAUGCUGCUCUAUGUUUCGUUGGCUGGGUUGGAGUCUAUUUCUGCUAUCCAGAGGUCAAGGGAAUGACCCUGGAAGAUAUUCGAGAGAUCUUCAACCAUGGGUUUGGCGUUGAAUAUGCCCGCAACGUACAGAAGGAGAUGAGACAACGGCAAGCAGAGGCAAAUAGGAUUGGAGUCUAG